CUUCCAUUAUCACAUCGUUCUCUCCAUCCAAUGGAUAAACGGUUUGUCCUUCGUCUUUGUUUCACUCUUAUUGCUUCAUUUACUCUGUUUCAUGUCGGAACUUCCAUAAAAUUUCAAGAUGGAAAUGAAGAAUGGGGCUACGUUCAAGUCAGACCGAAAGCCCAUAUGUUUUGGUGGCUUUAUAGAAGCCCUUUAAGAGUGUACGCCGGUUCCAAACCAUGGCCGACCAUUCUUUGGCUGCAGGGCGGACCGGGUGGUUCGGGAACUGGGUUUGGAAACUUCUUGGAAAUUGGGCCGUUAAACUUGAACUUGAAGCCUAGAAACUCAACAUGGCUACAAAAAGCUGACCUCUUGUUUGUGGAUAAUCCGGUCGGGACCGGAUAUAGCUACGUGGAGAGUGGCGGAGAAUUUGCGAAAGGCGAUGUGGAGGCGGCGAUCGACAUGACGACUUUGCUAGCUGAGGUUUCGAAGAACAACACUGUCUGCCUACGAAACGCUCAUUUGUACAUCUUUGCGGAGUCUUACGGUGGAAAAUUCGCUAUCACUUUGGCUUUGUCCCUCCUUCAAGCCAUCCAAGCUGGCAAUUUGGCCCUUAAUCUUGGAGGAGUUGCCCUAGGAAACAGUUGGAUGUCCCCGGAAGAUUACACUUUUUCUUGGGGCCCUCUUCUCAAAGAUCUCUCGCGAAUCGACGACGUGACGUUGCAGGCAUCAAAUAGACUAGCAUGGAAGAUCAAGCAGCAAAUUAAAAACAAGUUGUACGAAAAUGCAACUGUUUCCUGGAGUGAUCUUGAGGAAUUAAUUAUCACCAAAAGCAACCACGUGGAUUUCUAUAACUUCAUGCUGGAUUUUGAAAUGGACCCGUUAACCUCGACGACGAUAACAACUACAACGACAAGUAGUGUGGAACCAAAUAGAAUUGAUUCAUUUGAAGUAAAAAAGAACUCUCGAUAUCUUAGCUCGCAUAUAUACAAACCAGGAAGUGGUGGAGGCUUGGAAGCUUUGAUGAAUGGCCCAAUUAAGCAAAAACUUGCUAUUAUCCCACCAAAUGUCAAAUGGGGAGGUCAAUCUGACCUAGUCUUUCAAUUUUUUACGCGAGACUUUAUGAAGUCAAGGAUUAACGAGGUUGAUGAGUUACUAGCUAAAGGAAUUAAUGUGACUAUCUAUAACGGUCAAGUCGAUCUUAUUUGUUCAACCAAGGGCACGGAAGCGUGGAUUAAUAAGCUCAAGUGGGAAGGAUUAAAGGCAUUUAUAAACAAAGAGAGAACUCCGUUAUUUUGUGGAAAUGAGAAGCAAACUAAGGGCUUCACUAAAUCGCAUAAGAAUUUGCACUUCUAUUGGAUCCUUGGUGCGGGCCAUUUUGUUCCUGUGGAUCAACCGUGUGUGACAUUAAACAUGGUAGAUGCAAUUACACAGUCACCAGCUUCUUGAUGCAGUUACUUUUAAAUCUCG